AGAAGACAGAGCAGCUAAAGGGAAGUGCUGCAGCGUGCUCGGCUCAGUGGUGAUCUGUUGUUGUUGAAACUACUGCUUUUAACGAUCUGAAAACAGCAAACAGAUCAGUUGUUUUUAACCUAGCUACACAUAUAGCGGCACACAAUGGCCACUGAUUCAGGCUACGGUGGCGCCCAAAGCUACGGGUCAUAUGGAGGUCAGCAGAGUGGACAGGGUUAUGGACAAGGAAAUGGUGGGGGCAGCGCUUCAUAUGGAGGACAGAGUUAUGGUGGCUAUGGUCAACAAGGAGGAGCGCAAGGUUCAGAGGGUUAUAGCCAGCCCCCUCAACAAAGCUACGGCAACUAUGGACAGGACUCAUCUGGGUACAGCGACAAGUCGUCUUCUUAUGGCGAGCAAGGAUCUGGAUCUUAUGGUGGGCAGAGUCAAGGAGGUGGAGGGUAUGGGCAGCAGAGCUCCUACAGUGGACAGGGUGGUGGCUAUGGCGGAGGCCAGGGGCAAGGAGGAGGAGGAGGAGGAGGAGGAGGAGGUGGUGGUGGUGGUAGUAGUAGUAGUAGUAGCAGCAGCAGCUAUGGCCAGCAGAGCUCCUAUGGUGGACAGGGCAGUGGUGGAUUUGAUGGUGGCCAGGCUCAAGGAGGUGGAGGCGGUGGCUAUGGAAGGUGGAGUGAAGGUGAAAGUGGCGGUCAGGGCGGAAGGUUUGGCCGCGAUGGUGGAGACCGCUCAGAAGGAGGUGGCUUUAGAGGCAGAGGCCGUGGUGGCUUCGAACGUGGAGGCUAUGACCGCAGUGGUGGCUUUGACCGUGGGGGCUUUGACCGUGGUGGUUACGAUCGUGGCGGCAGAGGUGGACCUCCUGGUAUGGGAGGUGGUGACCGUGGUGGCUACAAAAAUUUCGGUGGCUCUCGAGAUUACGGCUCAAGGGAUGAAUCAGCUGGAGAGCAGGAUAACUCUGACAACAACACCAUUUUCGUACAGGGACUUGGAGAAGAUGCGACUGUUCAAGAAGUUGGGGACUACUUCAAGCAGAUUGGCAUCAUCAAGGUGAAUAAGAAGACCGGCUUGCCAAUGAUCAAUAUCUACUCUGACAAGGCCACCGGCCAACCAAAAGGAGAAGCUACCGUGUCCUUUGAUGACCCUCCGUCGGCUAAAGCUGCUAUUGAUUGGUUUGAUGGAAAGGAGUUCAAGGGGAAGCCCAUCAAAGUCUCAUUUGCCACUCGCAGAGCUGAGUUUACCCAAAGAGGAGGGUUCAGAGGUGGCCGAGGAGGAUUCAGAGGUCGUGGUGGCGGUGGCGGCGGCGGUGGAGGAGGAGGAGGAGGAGGAGGACCCAACUUCGACAUAAAGGGAGGUGACUGGCCUUGUCCCAACAGCUCCUGUGGUAACAUGAAUUUUGCAAGGCGGCAGGAGUGUAACAAGUGUGGUGCACCCAAACCAGGGGAUGCUGGAUUUGGAGGAGGAGAUCGUGGAGGCAGAGGGGGUUUUGGUGGUGACCGAGGUGGCGGCUUUAGGGGCCGCGGUGGUUUCCGUGGCGGAGACCGCGGAGGCUUUGGAGGAGGCGAUAGAGGUUUUGGAAGCGGUUACAAAAUGGGAGGAAGGGGUGACCGACGAGACGACAGAAGAGAUCGGCCAUACUAGGAGUUGAAAGAAACCAUUCCAGCCCUUGUCUUUGCCAUGGAGGGGGUCUAGUGUGGGGAAAAUUGUGGGCUGGGGGAGGAGUAAUAAAUUCAUUAGUCUUUUUAGCUUGUUCAUCCUAAGUAUUACUGUUCAUCUGUGAUUGGAGGAUGCAUUGAGCUAUGGUGAAGAGGUUUGGGGGCUGAUUGGCACUGUUGGCAUGUUGUCACGUUUUGUUUUUUAUUUCUGUACAUGUUUUGUUUUGUUUUUUUGUUUUUUUUGUUUUUUUCUUUGACCAUAGAUGAAGAUGGUUUGAGGUAGACUGUCUUUUUUUUUUUUUUUUUUUGUAUGAAUGGAAUAAAAUGUUUUACCUA